AAGAUUGACACCGACGCGUAUGACGGAGACGUUAUUCAAGAGACUGAGCUCGUUGGACCCGAAUUUCGCGAUCCCGCCCAAGUCAUCGUAGACGCCAAGCAGAAACACGGGGAUGUACGCAGCGCACUGGCUAGGAACGACGUAACGGGGGUUUUGAGCAUUGCGUUGGACCGGGCGCCGUAUGGGCCGAAUGUUGAUGAGGCUAAGAACCUGACUCUUCAAACGGUCGCCUCAAUCCUCAACAGUACACGGUUAGCCGACAUCCCUGCCGUGCUCAAGGGUCUCUCUGCCGAGAGCCAGGACACAGGGAUGAACGUCGUCGGCUUCUACGUGGCAGCGUGCCGGCGGUUCAGACUCAGAUAG